AUGCCCUCCCGCCUCGGUCUAUUUCUCCUCUUCACCGUCCUUUGCCGGAUUCCCUGUCAUGCUGGCGACGAGAAGUACGUUACAUGUAUCGCUUGCACCAAUAUCGCCGAUCGCCGUUCGUGGGAAUUGAUCAGGCUGGACAGCCGCGGUAUUCUUCGGCAGAUGAUGCCACAUCAGGAAUUUCCCCACCCAGUGCACAGCAACCUAUGCUCGACUUCGGCGGCCGUUAGCCUUUGCGAAAGCUAUCGUUGUGCCCAACUGCAUCUCGAAUAUGAAGACGGAAAAGUAUUGCAUGUGAAGGGAUGUGUCGAUUAUCCUAUGGCGCAAUGGAAGGAUGGCGCUUAUAACUUUACCGACGAGAAAGGAGCGGUUGGCUGGUUCUACGGCUGCAAUUCGACCGAUUUUUGCAACCAUGAGGCGGUGAAAUGGCUCAAGGCCGAGGUCAAGAAGGCCGAAGAUCUGAAGGCUGAACAUCUGAAGGCCGAAGAAGCCGAGAAGCAGCGCAAAGCGGAAGAGGUCGAGAAGCAGAAGAAUUCUCACCCGAUUACCCUCACCUUCCCCAUUAUCGUUUCCCUGAUCGUCAAUUAUCUCGUUAAUGUCAUG